AUGAAAGAAACACUUCCAAGAUUUCUCCUCCCAACCGCCGAUAUGAAAAAAGCCAUAAACAGAAACGCGAAAAACGAUGAAGAUCUUUCGUUUCUUCUUAAACGAAUCGAGAAAGAGAAAAAAGUCGCACUCGAGCAAGUAUCAAGACGACAGAAAGCUUUCAAAAGAGAAAUGAUUAUGAGACGCGAAAUUCAAAGCAAUAUAAACCUAAAUUGUCAGUUCUUCGAACACACAGAUUUGACGAAUAAGAAAGACAACGAGAAGGCACGCCUUGAUAUUAACCUUUGCAACCGUCGGCGCAAACUUGGAACUGCACAGGGGCUACGAAGAGCAUCUUCUUUUGAAGAAAGCCUCGCUUCUUCCAAAAUUGAACUACCUCCCGUCAGGGCCAAAAGAUACAGCCUGCCAGCAUCUCCAAUACAGGCUAUAUGUAAAGAAGAAGAACUAAUAGUGAAAAGUCUUAAAAUUGAUAAGCCGUUUCCAACUCCCAAAGUUGUUACUGAUUUCUGGACAAAAUCGCGAAACUAUGAGGCUACAAAUCUUUUUCGACGGCACCGCAGGAACGUUUGUGCACGUGGACAACAAAUCAAAACUACUUGA